AAGAGGAGGAGAGGAGGGGGUCAGGCUUAGUCUCUGGGGGGAGCCACUCACAUCUGAAUAUCUGUGUGUACAGUGAACAUCUAAGUCGAUUCUCAGCUGCUCCAGAGGGUCCAGAGUGUGUCCUGCAGACACUUUCACUACAGCGACGUCUUUACAUGCACACACUCUCAACAUGGCAGUCGCUGCAGCCCAGGAGUUGGAUGAGCUCUGUUAUCUCUCAGCUCAGUCCUUGAACAGUCUGAAGGUUUCCGCGCACUUCCACGUGAUCAAACUGCUCGGCGAGGGCUCCUACGGCAAAGUGAUGCUCGCCGUGCACAAGAAGAGAGGGUCCCCGAUGGCUCUUAAGUUCUUCCCCCGUGAGACCACUUCGCUGACAUCUUUUCUCCGCGAGUACAACCUGUCCCUGUCGUACUGCACCCACCCCUCCCUCACCCGAGCGCUGGGCAUCUUCUUCUCCACUCCAGAUUACUACGUGUUCGCGCAGCAGGCCGGGCUCUACGGAGACCUCUACAGUGUCAUCGUGUCAGAGGUGGGUCUGAAGGAGGAGCGUAUCCAGGGAGUCAUGGCCCAGCUGAGCGGAGCCGUCACCCACCUCCACUCUUUGGGCUUCGUUCAUCGCGACAUCAAACCUGAAAACAUCUUCCUCUGCGACAGCUCAUGCAAAUGGGUUAAACUGGGCGACUUCGGGUUGGCACGGGCCAUAGGAUCCACUGUGCGGGCGGUGUGGUACGAAUCCCCAUUUUGCACCCCGGAAGUUGCACCAGCUAAAGAAGCGGACAAGGAGUGGGAAAGGCGGAAAGCAGAAGGCACGGAGGAAGAGAUGGAAGACAUAUGGAUCACGGUUGAGCCCAGUAUUGAUAGCUGGGCUUUGGGCGUGCUGACCUACUGCCUGCUAACUGGUUGUUUCCCUUGGGCAGAAAGCACACAAGACGACCGCGGUUAUAAGAGAUACAAGCAGUGGUUUGAGACGGAGAAAGAGAGAGCUCAUGACAAAACGGACUGCUACACAAUUAUGGAGGAACAUUACAAGAAAAACCCGCCUCCUUCGCAGUUCAGCGGUAUCAGCCCUCUCGCUAUGGCCCUGUUCAAAGAGCUCCUAACCCCAGAGCCAAAGCACCGUGGCAGUGCGGAGGAGAUCCUCAGCUACCUGGGCGGUCCCUGGCUCCGGGACAGGGAGAGGGAGCAGCGGAGGAGGGCGGAGGAGGCGCAGAAAGAGGCUCAAAAGAUCAGAGACACUGCGGGUUUGAAGGAGGAGCUGCUCAGGGAGGGCAAAGCGGAAAGAUAAACCUGUAGACUGUAUUUGUAUAAGAUCAUGUGUACACUUAAAAAAGAGACUUGCUGCUGGGAACACGACUGUACAGCAAAAGUCAUGAGUAGUUUUGGCUUUGACGAGUAAAAUUAUCAGUUUAAUUGACAUCACAACAUUUUAUUGGCCAAUAUUACCCAAUACAGGUGGAUGUCACAAUCCCAGAUGGCGCAAAGUAUUGUAUUUCACCAGGAAACAUCCAAAAAGUAAAUGCACAAAUGUCAAACCUGAUCAUUUCUACUAAUAACUAGACCCAAAAACUCACUGUAUUACAACACAAACUUGCAUUUUAACAAGAUUUCUUUUAGCUUCCCCCCAUUUGUAUUCGAUGUAGUUGUAGCUGUCUUGAUGUCAUCUAAAACCCAGCAAUAACGUGCGUUUUCAUGUACAUGAAGUAUUUCACGCAAUACUUUAUGGCUUUUAUUAUGUGUUAAGUGUUACAAGAUUUAUUUAUACGUUUUAUUGCCAGAUAAUUUUACUUUGCAAGUGAAAUCUACUCAAGUUUUUCUCCUUAUUUCAAAAAAUGUUAAGUUUAUGCAGUAUAUUUAGCUCACACUGUCAAUUCAUACGCAUUUAAAUUUAAAAAUCAGUUGAAGUUUUGUGGUGUAAUUGUUUGUAUCUGUUAUUUUUGGUGCAUAGACUGAACUGUCCACUAAGGUGCUGCAGUAUUUUCAUAUUUUUAUAAGCCUCGUUUAUAUUGUUUUGUAUGUAUAUAAAUCUAUGUAUGCGUGUGCGUGUGAUUUAUUAAAAAGAUUGUAAAUAUU